GUCAGUGAGAUAUAGAUUCACUAAAACCUUCAUCAUCUCUCUGCAUUUCAAGAAUCCCCAUGAAAGACCCAGAUUCCGUCCGGCAGAAUACCAGCAAGAUCAAGAUCGUCGUGAGCUUCAACGGCACAUUCCGGCGCCGGCCGCCGGAAGGAAGGCUGCGGUACACCGGGGGAGAGUCGAAAAUCAUAUCCGUCGACCAAAGCAUCAGCUUUUCCAGACUCAAAGCCAGAAUCUUUGACCUCAUGGUGGAGGCAAACGGCGGCGCCGCCGUUACCUCCGCCUUCUCACUCCGUUACCACCUCCCGGAUUCCCAGGAAGACCGGCCCCUGGUUCCCGUAUCAUCAGACGAAGACGUUUCGUCCAUGUUUCAUGAGUUCUUACGGCUCGAUUAUCUGGGUAAGCCCACUAGGCUUUGGGUUUUUGUGUGCUUUGAUGAUUUGAACUCCCCCCCUGAUUUUAAUGCAAUUCCCCUGAAGAAAACAAUGAAUGGGAAGAACAAUGGGUUUGGGGGUGAAAAGGGCAAGAGAAUGAGUGAUAAUUCUUUGAGAAAACUUGUGUUGAAGCAGCAAUUGCUGGGAAAGAAGUCUGAUAGGGUUAGGGUUCUGAAGGGUGAAACUGGAAACACAGAGAAGGGAUUUCCAGUUGUAGAUAUAAGUUCUAAGAACUGUUAUGGUCAAUUUGGUCCAAGGGACACAACAAGAAGCUUGGGGAUUCUUCACAAACCUCAUCAAGAGUUAUGUAGAAUGGAAGAUUUUCACACUUUUGGCUUAUUGGACAAUAAUAGGCCAUAUAAUAUUGGAGAGUGGGAAAAUUUGGGGUGUGGGCCCCUUAAGGACACUUUAGAGGGCACAAUUCUUGCAUCUAUGGCUGAUGUGUCUCUCAAGAAUGUGUCAUUGUCAUCAUCACCAUCUACAAAAUUUGAGCAGAAAAUUCCAUCCCCUUCAAGAAUGGAGGAUGAAUCCCCUCCACUUGAAAGAUCACCUCAACCUUCUUCUGCUCCUCAUAAGGCAAUGGAUCCGAUAGUGGACAAAUUCCCUAUCAGUUUGAGUUGUGAUGAACAGGGUGAAAAUACGGAGACAAACAAAUGUGCAAGGGCAAAUAAUGGUACAAUUCUUGCUGAUGGUGGUUUGUGCUGCACUCAUGUGGGUAAUGGGCGGCUUCAGAGGAUUAACAGGUAUGAACUUGAAUAUGUCAAAGAACUUGGCUGUGGAACUUAUGGAACUGUUUAUUAUGGGAAAUGGAAGGGUUCUGAUGUUGCCAUUAAAAGGCUAAAGCCCAGCUGCUUCGCUGAUGGUACAAUGGAGGACCGAUUGGUUGCAGACUUUUGGAAGGAAGCUCAAAUAUUAGGUAGCCUUCAUCAUCCAAACAUAGUGGCAUUGUACGGCGUAGUUACGGAUGGUCUCAAGAACAAUUUGGAAACGGUGACCGAGUACAUGGUCAAUGGCUCUCUUAAACAAGUUCUGCGAAAGAAAGAUGGAACCAUUGAUUAUCGGAAACGGUUGCUAAUAGCAUUGGAUGCAGCAUUUGGUUUGGAAUAUUUGCACCAAAAGAACGUUAUCCACUUUGAUUUGAAAUCACACAACUUCCUUGUCAAUAUGAGGGAUCCCCAACGCCCGAUAUGCAAGAUUGGUGAUCUAGGACUGUCAAAGAUUAGACAAAGGACACUUGUUUCAGGAGGAGUACGAGGAACAUUGCCGUGGAUGGCUCCUGAGCUUCUGAAUGGAGAAAGCAUGGUGUCGGAAAAGGUUGAUGUCUACUCCUUUGGGAUUGUCAUGUGGGAGCUCUUGACCGGAGCCGAACCGUAUUCGAACAUGCGUGCAGAGGAAGUCAUAUGUGGCAUUAUAAAAGGGAGUUUACGACCUGAAAUCCCGAACUGGUGUCAUCCGGGGUGGAGAUAUCUUAUGGAGAAGUGUUGGGCCUCGGAUCCAAGGGAAAGGCCCGCUUUCUCGGACAUUGCAAGGGAGCUAAGAGCCAUGGCUUCCUCCAUGAACAUCAUCUGAAGCUAAUUUUUUUAUGCUUUAGAAUAUACACAAUGUGUGUAUGAUUGUCACUUGUAGUGUCAACCUUGGGGUUAUAGUAACAUUGUCUUAUAGUGAAUGCCAAGUGUAAUUGAGAAUAAGAAUUAUGCAAAUAUUGUUCAUAGGAAUACUAUGUGAAGAUUUUGUUUUUGUUGAAGUCUCACAUAGAAUAUAUUGUCAUGUUGUAU